AUGACAUCGCUUGUGGUCGCAGCAAGUGGCAGCCACAUCGUUGCUGCCGCCAUUCCAGGCCGUCGCCGUAUACCAGAGGAGGAAUGGGAUCACCACAAGUCAACGAUUGUUGCCAAGUACACAGUACAGGGUGAGAAGCUGGAGAACGUCAGAGCCCAGAUGCUGGACGAAGGCUUCGAUGCUUCACCGAAGGAGUACAAGAGCAAACUGAAAGAAUGGGGUAUCUCGAAAAAUGCAGUCAAGUGGGAAUGGCUUGUCAUGCACAGGAUUCUGCUGGAGCAGAAGGACUCUGGCAUUGCCAACCCCCGGGUGUGGUUCCACGAAAUCGCCAGGAACUUUUCCAACACCAGGAGACAUUUGAGGAGUCUUGGUCUUACCCCUAAGCAAUUUGACCAGCAGGCGAGGCAAUGUGCGAUACCCACGCCGGCAUGGAUUCGUCCUUACGGUAUCUCGACCUCAGCUACGCCAUCCGCACUGUCAUUCCAGCAAUCGCACCCCAACAUAGAGCUGUCGUCGAAUAGCAGCGACGAAGUGUGCCGGGACACUCCGUCGGGCCUGACAGAGCACCAGCUUUAUACCAUGCACAGUGAGCUAGCAUGCCUAGCUGCUGCAACUCGAGAUACAGCGGCUCGAGAUCAUCACAUUCGCAAAGCCACAGCCGCUCUUGCGGGGAUGUGCAAGACGAGAUAUCAUCUCGUAUUCGUUGCAGUGGCAUCGGUUUUGACGUUGCUCCUCCUGUAUGCUGACGGGCCUUUACCAGACAUGAUCCUGACGGCCUCGCUGGCUGUAAGUCAGACAAUGACGGACGAGAACGGCCAGCUGAGCACGGUUCUAGAAUGGAUGGUCGAACUCGUAAGGGCCAACAACUCCCCGACUGUAAUGGCAACCUGCCACAUCGGGAUCGAGACGCUUCGCCAGGCUGUGCUACACACAGGGACCGCAUUUGGACACACCCAUCCACAUACCCUGGUCAUCAGAUACUGCGCCGCGUUUCACCUUAUACUCACCACAAAGGUCUAUGAAGAGGCUGAGAGGCUGUUGUUGGACUUAUGGAACGACUGCACUUUGGUGCUGGGAGAAGCCGACCUACUCACGGUCAACGUCCUUGCAGCUGUCAGUCGCGCUCAACAGCGUCAAGGCAAGUAUGUACAAGCUCUCAUUACACUCGACCGCUGUCUCGGCGUCCUCCCCUUUGGACACCUUCACCCACAUCCACAUUGGCUAGAGCUGUUAGUCCGCAAAGCCGUAAUUUUCUGGAAAAUGGGACGGUAUGCCGAUGCAGAGCUCAUAUACUGGGAGGUGGUCAGAGGUCGAUCGACGACUCUGGGCCGCUGGCACCGAGCUACGAUUGCUGCACACAACAGUCUGGCCGAUGUUCUUCAAAAGACUGGGCACUGGGAAGCACGCAAGGACGAAUACCAUAGACUGUUGAGUGAUCCACCGGAAUUUGUUGGUACGCCAAAAAGUUGGUGGCGGGACAGCUUCGAGGCUUCGAGGUUGAUGUCGGACGGAUUAAUAGAUGAGGAGGAAGACUAA